GUGCAUACGAUGGGAUUGCUGGGGGCGUCGCAACAGGAGCGUACGCCGAAACCAGCGCGCCAGAGACUGCCGAGUGGAUACGCCCUCGAUGCGACAAAGGAGUACGAGUGCUUGGACCGCGUGGCAUUGAUCACGGGUAUUACAGGCCAAGAUGGGAGCUACUUGUCGGAGCUGCUGCUGUCCAAGGGCUACAUCGUCCAUGGCAUCAUUCGUCGGUCGAGCUCGUUCAACACUGGCCGGAUCAACCACCUGUACAAAGAUCCCCAUUUGAAUGGUGUCCGGCUGUUUCUGCAUUACGGCGACUUGUCCGACAGCAGCAACCUCUGCUCCAUCGUAUCAACCGUCCAGCCCCAUGAAGUGUACAACUUGGGAGCCAUGUCCCAUGUAAAAGUGUCGUUUGAAAUGCCAGAGUAUACGGCCGACAUCGACGGCCUCGGGACGCUGCGCCUCCUCAACGCGAUUCGAACAUGUGGUCGACCCGACACCAGGUUCUACCAAGCCUCGACGUCGGAGCUGUUUGGAAAAGUCCGCAGCGUGCCUCAGAACGAAGACACGCCGUUUCACCCGCGGUCGCCAUACGGCGUGGCCAAGCAGUACGCGUUCUGGACGGUGGUCAAUUAUCGAGAAGCGUACGGCAUGUAUUGCGUCAACGGCAUCUUGUUCAACCACGAAAGUCCCCGCCGAGGCCCCACUUUUGUCACGCGCAAGAUCACUCGAGCAGCCACGCGAAUUAAGGCGGGGAUUGAAGACUGUUUGUACAUUGGAAACCUCGACGCAAAGCGAGACUGGGGCCACGCACGCGACUUUGUGCGCGGCAUGUGGCAAAUGCUGCAGUUGGAAACCGCCGAGGUUCGAAUGACGACAUUUGAAACCUGUGAUAUUUUCUACGGUAAUAGGAUUUUGUGCUGGCGACGGGCGAGUGCCACAGCGUGCGUGAGUUCAUCGAGGUGGCGUUUGCUGCGGUGGGGCUGCCGGUGCGAUGGGAAGGCGGUCCCAUGGGCAGCGUGGAUGAAGUCGGCGUGGUCGGCAAUGACCAGAGGGUGGUCAUACGAGUCGACCCCAAGUACUUUCGUCCGGCCGAGGUUGAUCUGCUCCUGGGCGACGCAUCCAAAGCCAAGCGGGUGCUGCCGUGGGAACCCUCGACGACCUUUGAAGCGCUCGUGGCGGAAAUGAUUCAAUCUGAUAUGCACGACAUAGCCCAGCGAUCCAACCACGUCGCUACUACACAGUAACUUACUAACGUUAGCGCACAAUACAGUUACUGUACAAAUAGACUGGUUUAUACAGGUCUGUGGCAUCAA